AUGACCAUGGAGCAAGCAAUUUAUCUCGUCUUGGCUCUCCUCCUGCCUCUCCUGCUCCUCAAGCUCAUCAGGAAGCGCGGCCACGGCGCUGGGCAGCAGCUGCCGCCUGGCCCCUGGCGGCUGCCGGUGAUCGGCAGCCUGCACCACCUCGCCGGCAACCCACUGGUCCACCGUGCCUUCGCGGACAUCGCGCGCCGGCUGGGCGAUGCGCCGCUAGUGUACCUCAAGCUCGGCGAGGUGCCGGUGCUGGUGGCCUCUUCUGCCGAGGCCGCGCGCGAGGUCAUGAAGACGCAGGACGUCACGUUCGCGACGCGGCCGUGGAGCCCCACCACCAAGAUCAUCAUGUCCGAUGGGGUCGGCUUGGCGUUCGCGCCCUAUGGCGCUCAUUGGCGCCAGCUCCGCAAGAUCUGCAUCAUGGAGCUGCUCAGCGCCCGCCGGGUGCAGUCGUUCCGCAACAUCUGGGAGGAGGAGGUGACGCGCCUCAUCGCCGCCAUUUCAGCUAGUGCCGCCGAGCCUGUCAACGUCAGCGAGCGGCUCGCCGUGCUCAUCGCAGACAUGACCGUACGCGCCAUGAUCGGGGACAGGUUCAACAGGCGGGAGGAGUUCCUGGAGGUGCUCCAACAGGGGGUUAAGAUCCUUUCGGGGUUUAACCUCAGCGAUCUCUUCCCCUCCUCCUGGCUCGUCGGCUUUGUUAGCUGCUCCGCCCGACAGGCGUGGGAGAAUCACACCAAGAGCUUUGAGCUCAUCGACUGCGCAAUCAAGCAGCACCAGGAGGUGAAGGCCGCCGCCGCCGCGUCCAACGGCGACGGGAAGGAAGGGGAGCAGGAGGACCUAUUGGACGUGCUCCUCAGGAUAUAG